GGUUAACCCAUGUUGAGUGAGUCCAAAACGGUACGGUACAAUUACAUUCUUUCUUGUUUAUUUUGGAAGGUGGAGAGUGGCAAGGUGGGCGGGUGUCAGCCCUGACGCCCACGCCCACGCCCACGGCUCUUUGUUAUCACCAUAGCUAUGGGGAAUUAUAAAUCCCGACCUAAAUCUUCAUGCUCCCAAGAACUUCUUAGAAAUUUUUUGGAAAACUAUGCUCUUUUAGAAGAAAGUCUUCAGGAAGAUUUACAUGUGGAAGACAUUGAAGACUUCUCAGAAAUCAGAAGGGUUUUAUGCAAUGGAACAUCAGAUCAUUUGGUAAAUCUUCUGAAUUCUGAAGCUUAUGGUGAGAGACUAGAUAAUGGCUUGAGUCUGAAGCAUCUCUGCUGCUUGUCAAAUGUAAGUGUGAGAAAUGAUAAGGCAAAAGAGAAGGAAGAUGAAGCAGCAGAUGGAAGUGAGACUGGUUCCGAGGCCCCUUGCUUCCUCCAACUUGUCAAACCCUCACGUCACAAAAGUAACAGGCAGGAUGGAACUCAAGAUGCCAACCAGGAAAUUAAAAGUGACAUUGAAAAAUGUAAACAGCUCCCCAAAACUCAAACAAAUAAGGAAAUUAGGGAUCAGAUUCGCCUCCUACUCCAAAAGGGAGCUGAUCCUGCUAUUAUCAGUAGAAAUGGGUUCUCGCCUCUUCAUUUGGCAUCUUACAAGGGUGAUGUGGAUUUAGUUCGCCUUUUCCUUGAAAAAUGUAAUCACUUGGACCACACUGGUGUAGGAAGUGUGACUGCCCUUCAUAUAUCAUGUCUGGCUGGUCACCUUGAAGUCACCCAAGCUUUGGCUCAGCGGGGUGCUAAUAUAGAGGCUCGGGAUGCUGUGUCAUUUUCCCCGCUUCAUAUUGCCUGCCUCUUUGGAAAUGAAUCUGUAGUAGAAUAUCUGUUGUCUCGUGGAGUGGAUGUUAAUAUUGCUGGCUCUGUUGGUGAUAGACCAUUGCAUUUAGCUGCUACUCGGGGAUAUUAUAAAAUUGUACAGUUACUGCUCAAAAAAGGAGCAAGAGUACGCCUUCAGGAUGAAGAGGGGAACACUGCUCUUCACUGCUGUGUGCAAAACGGACAUUUCAGUAUUCUUAAUUUACUACUACAGCCUCAGUAUCGUACAGAUGCUCACAUCACCAAUGUUUACCUUGACACCCCACUGCAUGUGGCAUGUUACCAUGGAUGGAUUGAGUGUGCCAAGGCUCUGCUGACGUACGGAGGAUCCAGUCUCCUCCUGAACGAGAACCUAUGGGGAGAAACUGCCUUACAUGCAGCUUGCACUGGUGGACACUGUAUAGACCUUGUGGACUAUCUACUCAGUCAAGAUGCUGCCUCGGUAAACUACCAGAGUCCAGAUGGCCAUACUGCUCUUCAUUCGGCAUGUUACCAUGGGCACACAAGAAUAGUUCAGCUCCUGUUGAGUCACGGGGCAGACAUCAACCUUACUGCUCAUGACCGUUACAACAAUUCUGAGAAGAAGGAAGAACAGACCCCUCUUAUGUGGGCAUAUGAUCGAGGACAUGAUGAUAUAGCCAACUUCCUCAAGCACUUUCGUCGUCCAGGGCUGUGUGAAGAUUAUGCUCGAGGAGAUUAUCUUUCUGGGCUGGACACCUCUUAUUUUCCAAUCCCUUCACCAAUUGGCAAGCUCCGCACUAUGAUUCAAGAGAAAAUAGAUGUUCUCCAUCUGCGUUCAGUGCUGCCACCACACCUUCACCUGAGUCUGUCAGAGAUAGAGAGUUUAGAAAACAUUGGAUCCGGAUCAUUUGGCAAAAUCUACAAAGGAAAAUACAAUGACAAGAUUGUGGCUGUAAAAAGAUACAGAGGCAACAUGUCGUAUGGGAAGAGUGACGUUGAGAUGUUCUGCCGUGAAGUGUCUGUCCUUGGGUCCUUGGAUUCACCAUACAUCGUCAAAUUUGUUGGGGCGUGUCUACAAGAUCCAAGUCAAUUUGCAAUUGUUACUGAGUUUGUUCCUGGGGGCUCCCUGUUCAGUACACUCCAUGAACAGAAGAGGUCUAUUGACACUAUAACAAGGUUCAAUAUAGCUAUUGAUGUGGCCAAAGGCAUGCAUUAUCUUCACACACUCCCUCAACCAAUUAUUCAUCGAGAUUUAAAUUCCCAUAAUAUUCUUCUCGACAAUGAGUGCCACGCUCGAGUUGCUGAUUUUGGAGAGUCUCGAUUUGUGCGUAACAUCUUUGAGGAAAACAUGACAAAGCAACCGGGCAAUCUUCGCUGGAUGGCUCCUGAGGUGUUUACACAGUGCACUAGGUACUCAAUCAAAGCUGAUGUAUUCUCUUUUGGACUGUGCUUGUGGGAGCUUCUGGCCUCGGAGCUUCCAUUUGCUCACUUGAAACCUGCUGCUGCUGCUGCUGACAUGGCAUACAGGCACAGUCGUCCACCGCUGGAAUUGGCAUUCCCGGUGGAAGUCUCGGUCCUCCUUGAAAAAGCUUGGCACAAGAUACCGGAGGAGCGGCCAGAUUUUUCUCAGAUAAUAGAAGAGCUGGAAAGUUUGAGCAAGUCCCAAAGGUCAGGUUUGCAGGAUGGCGGGGACCAUCUUCACCCACACCACCACCACCACCACCACCACCACCACCAGCUUCAUGCCUGCUGUGCCACAUGCUGUGUUGGCUCGCCAACACGCAGCACCACACCACCUGAUGCUUCUCACCACACCGAUUCAGAGCUUUCUGGUAGGACCCCAGCUUCCUCCUCCCCACUGCACUCGUUCUAUUGGAAUGGCCACGUCACAGCACUUCGAACUCGAUGGGAACAAGAAGCAAGUAGAGGUCAGACAGCAUUCAAGUCAUCACAUCCCACAAUUGAGGAGCUAAGAAGCCGUGUGAAUAACAAUGGCUAUGUUGAAGGAAAUACUUACCAAUAUCGAAUUGCCCCAGUUUUCAGCACAAAGAAUGAAAAUGAAACUGGCCAAAGCUCGGCAAACUUCUACUCUCUCCCCCAUAAAUAAAUAAUAAUAAUAAUCUAAAACUUUGCAUAAUAGUGCAUAACUCUUGGCCAAGCUUCACAGAUUAUAAGAUAAAAUGUUGUACUUUAUAAUUAUAAUUUUUUUUUUGUUUAAGAAAUAUAUACUGUAUAUAUUUCUUUGAGUUUAAAAUAUUUAGAACUUGAGAUACAGAAAUAAACUUUUCUUGAACCAAAUUCCAAAGAGUUUGUGGCAUUACCAUCAUAUACACAUUAUGUCUGAUAACUUUCCAUGUGGAAAUUGUAUAAAAUAUCUUACACGGGUGAUUAAUUUUGUUGCUAUUUAUAAAUAAGCCUUAAAUACUUACUUUUUAGAUUAUAUUACAAUUUUGCUGAUAUUCAAAACAGGGUUGUUAACAACAAAAUGAAUAUGUAGCUUAUUGUACAUUAACAUGGAGCAGUUAACAAAAAUUGAAUGCAGGGAUGAAAUAGAGACCUUAUUAGCAAUACAAAAUGUGAAAUGACUAGAAAAACCAUAUCUUGCAGUGUAACCAAAUAUGAUUAAUUCUGUUUCAAUUGACAAUGAAUCCCUUAAAAAAAAUUGCACGCAAGAUAUUUUUGCUAAUCGUGUCACAAAUGCAAUUGUAGGGAAUAAAAUUAAAUGAGAAAUAAUAAACCUCUGAAAGAUAUAUAAAAACAGAACUAUCAUUAUUCAUGAAAUGUAUAAAGUAAAUCAAUCUAAUCUGAAUAAAAUGUAUAAAUGCAUAAAAUAAAUCUUCUAGAUAUGCUA